UCUGGGGAACUAAGAGGUGGCAAACGUGAGAACAGCAGAAAGACAAAAACAGAAAAAUAAAACAGGAGAGAGCGGACCUUUUAGCAAACAUGGAAACAGCCCAAAAAACUGGAUACCAGCAUGAGCCAGCAAGGAUGUAAAUAAAGGAAAAAUAACCAGAAAACUGACCCUUUCUGGAAACAUACUCCAUGCCCCAUGGCUUUAUAGAAAACAUCUGACACCGAGACGUUUAAUACGGCUCUAAAGAAAACAUCUGACACCGAGGCUUUUCAUUUCUACUACAGCAGGCUGGAACCUUUUAUUGCCUAUAAAGAGGAGAUAACAUUGGAUUUCUUUUUAUUCUUAUUUAAUGUAAUUCUUCAAAGUUAAUCCUGUGGAUGAUGUGAAUUUCUCCGGGAGACAGUACAUUUUGGACACGUUGACCAGACUGGAAAUUUCUGCCUGUGAUUGGAUACAAUGCAUUCACCUUUACCCAUAUUAUUCCUCAUCUCGUUACAGUCAGCCAGAAUAGGAGCCGUUCUUGAUGUCACCAUGGUGUCUACUUUCCCGAAGCAUCGUAUUUCUGACUUUGUCAUGCGAUGCGUGACAGGCGAACGAGACAUGAAAGCCUCGGAUCUGCUGAUAGAACGCGAUAAUACCAUUGUGCGCAUCCCAGUGGUGACGCCGUUCUCUACAAGCUCACAGGGGAAUGAGGUGCAAGCUCACAAAUUCUCCCCCAGCGAGCUUGUGGGAGUUUUCUACUGCACCGGGAAGGGGCCCACGGAACACACAAAAAUUCUCUAUGUUUACAACAGUCCAACCGCGGAAUUACAUCCAGUUAAAACCACGGUGACAGUGAGCGUGAAUCAGAAUGUGCAGCUGGAAGCCAGGAUAAAAAAACCAAGACAUAACGAUAUCUUGUGGAAGUACAACGGAACCUUCAUUCAGACAACUUACAAGGUGGAUGUGACUGAUGGGAUUGCCCGCUUGUUGUUACAAACAGUUCAGUUGAACCAGUCUGGAGUGUACAGUGCUGGGUUCAUCGGGGCCAGCCCUCUCCUCAAUGCCUUCUUCAGGCUGAUCGUCCGAGGGUGUCCAGAGAAUAAAUGGGGCCACCUGUGUCAGAAGGAUUGCCUUGAUUGUUUGAAUGGUGGAAUUUGUCAUGAUAACAGCGGGGAGUGUGUCUGUGCCCCAGGAUUCAUGGGUACUCGCUGUGAGAAAGCCUGCCGGGAAGGGACCUUUGGAAGAAAUUGCCAAGAGACUUGUAAGAAAGAAAAUGGAUGUAAAGGGUAUAUCUUCUGCCUUCCUGACCCAUAUGGCUGUUCUUGUGCCAGUGGCUGGACGGGAUCAGAUUGCCAAACAGCUUGCUCUGAGGGCUAUUAUGGGGCAAACUGUGCCCUGAAGUGUGAGUGUGAAAGUGGCGGAUCCUGUAACCGGUUUAGCGGCUGUGUGUGUCCGUCCGGUUGGCAUGGGAAGAACUGUGAGAAAUCAGACAGGGAACCCCAAAUCACAGGCCUGCCAUCUGAGAUUGAGUUCAAUGUGAAUUCCUCGGCCACUUUGACUUGCAGCGCGUCCGGUAACCCUCAGCCAGUCCGGGAGAGCAUUGUGUUACGAAGGCCGGAUGGGUCUGUGCUGGCUGCUAGUAAAGCGGUGUUAGAACGAGAGCGCAGCACCUGUGAGUUCAUCGUACCGUCACUGAACUUGGUGGACAAUGGCUUCUGGGAGUGUCACGUGUCCACCAGUGGGGGGCAGGACAGUCGCAAGUUUCAAGUUUAUGUUAAAGUGCCGCCGGUACCCAUAGAUCCCCCACAAGUGCUGGACAGAGGCAGCCAGAGGGUGCAACUUGCCCCGUUCAAGCAAUUUAUGGGUGAUGGACCAAUAACAUCUGUUAAACUUCUCUACAAACCCAGGGAUGGUUUAUCACAUUGGUCAUCCAUUGUAGUGGACCACAAAGAGAACAUUACUCUGGUAAACCUGAAGCCAACCACGGUGUAUCUGGUGCAAGCCCAGCUAAGCAGGCCUGGAUCGGGCGGGGAAGGGUCGUUGGGGCCCCUGGCUACCGUAGAGACAGAUUGCCAAGAACCGAUGGUGAAGCCGGUCAUCAAGGGCUAUUCUGUGGAGGACAGAAACACAUUGUAUAUUAAUUGGCACUUGUCACCUGCUCGCGUCAUUGGCAGUGGAUUCUUGCUGAGGGUAUACGAUCCCGAUAACAACCUAAUACGGCAGGAGAACAUCACCACAAUGUACGUCAUGUCUUCUCGGAUCUAUGGUCUCAGCUCCAAUAAGGAUUAUGUCUUCAGGGUCCUGAUAUACCACUGCACGAGCCUUGGGCCCAUGUCCGAUCCAUUCAGGAUCACCGUCAACAGCAAGGGUCCAUCACCUCCAAAGGAUGUCCGUGCAGAACCCGUUUCCAGGGACAGCGUAAGACUGACCUGGUUGCCCCCCGAUGACCCAAACGGAGGGAUCAUUAAGUACACAGUUGAGAGCCGCAGAAUAGGAGUGUCUGAUGCACAGCAGUGGGCAGACAUAGAGAGCAACAACCAAACGUGGUACGUGAUUAGUGGCCUAAACGUCAGCACCGAGUACCAGUUCCGUGUGCGAGCAAACUCCAGGGUACCAGGGGAAUGGAGCCAACACGUGACAACAUCUACUUACAGCGAGGAACUUCCAAAUAUGAACCCAAGUAUGGAGAUUCGGAAUCCGCAAUCCCCGGGAUUGGAUCGCCAGUUAAUCCUGGCCAUCAUUGGCUCAGUGUCUGUCACCUGUUUCACCAUCAUUCUCGCCUUGCUCGCUCUGUUCUGCAUAAAAAAGAAUUUAUUUCAUCGCAAACGAAUGUUCACCUACCAGUCUGGCUCUGGCGAGGAGACCAUUUUACAGUUCAGCUCCGGGACUUUGACCCUUUCUCGGCGCUCAAGACCCCAGACGGAGCCCUUCUCGUACCCCAUUUUGGAAUGGGCGGACAUUAAAUUUGAGGAUGUAAUCGGAGAAGGGAAUUUCGGGCAAGUCAUCAAAGCCAUAAUAAAAAAGGAUGGCGUCAGGAUGAAUGCAGCCAUCAAAAUGCUGAAAGAAUUUGCCUCUGAGAACGACCAUCGGGAUUUUGCCGGGGAGCUGGAGGUGUUAUGUAAACUUGGUCACCAUCCGAAUAUCAUUAACCUGCUGGGUGCCUGUGAGAAUCGAGGAUACCUGUAUAUUGCCAUCGAGUUCGCCCCCUUUGGCAAUCUACUCGAUUUCUUACGGAAAAGUCGAGUCCUCGAAACAGAUCCCGUGUUUGCCAAAGAACAUGGAACGGCCUCUACGCUGACAUCACAGCAACUACUGCAGUUUGCGUCGGACGUGGCAAAAGGAAUGCAGUAUCUUAGCGAGAAACAGUUCAUCCACAGGGAUUUGGCUGCCAGGAACAUUCUUGUUGGGGAGAAUUUGGAAGCCAAGAUUGCAGACUUCGGUCUUUCCCGAGGGGAGGAAGUUUAUGUGAAGAAAACCAUGGGCCGCCUCCCGGUGCGCUGGAUGGCCAUCGAGUCGUUAAACUACAGUGUUUAUACUACAAAGAGCGACGUCUGGUCCUUUGGGGUCCUACUUUGGGAGAUCGUAAGUUUGGGUGGUACUCCGUACUGUGGGAUGACUUGCGCAGAGCUAUAUGAGAAGUUGCCACAGGGAUACAGAAUGGAAAAACCACGGAAUUGUGAUGAUGAGGUGUAUGAUCUGAUGAGGCAGUGCUGGAGAGACCGGCCAUAUGAGAGACCACCCUUUACCCAGAUAUCCCUGCACCUUGUCCGCAUGUUGGAGGCCAGAAAGGCAUACGUGAACAUGGCACUAUUUGAGAACUUUACCUACGCAGGAAUCGACGCCACAGCGGAGGAGGCUUGAAAGAGCCGUGACUAUACUCAGAUCUUAAUACACUGGUUACUCAAUGAGUGUGACAUAGACUGCGCUAUACGGCAAAGCCAAUGGCAGGACCACUCAGUGACUUCCACUGAGAGACUCUAGUAUUCCGGUCAUGUUCUCUGAUCACUAGUCCAUCAUGUGGACAUUUCAAACUUUGUUUAUACAUUUGUUUCUAUAAAAAGUGUGUGUCUGUAUGUGUGUGAUAAGAACAUGUGGCCGGCUUCCUAUUGUACAGCUGAACACUGCCAUCUACUCCAGACGUUUUAUGUUUUUACAUGUUGGAUACAGCACGGAAGGCACAGGAACCCCAAUCCCAAGCAGGAUGAACCUCAAAUAACUAGUCAUACGAUUGGAUAUUGAAUAUCAAGGUUCUGGAGUCUAUGUAAAUAAUUAAAGAAUGCUGGGUAAGGAGUUAUAACUGCUAAGGAGCUCUUUGUUUCUAUACCUUGUCUAUCCUUCCUGCCGCCACCUCAAGGUGUGUAUGGAGAUGAUGUGGGGGGAUAACCCUGAUGUAGCAGAGACAUUUAAAAAAACACCCUCACUGCUGGCUUUCAAGGGCCAGCGGCUAUUAAAUAAUAUGCAAAUCUCAGAAGGUUUAUUUGCAAUAAACUCUAAUUUGCUUGUUUGUUUAUUUGUUUUGAUUUGUUUAUGGUUUCUUUGUUUUGAUGGAAUAUUGUGGAAUAAUUAUAAAAUGUUCAUAUAUCUGUA